AUGGCUAAGAGACCUUUGGGUUUGGGCAAGGCUCAUGAAAAGAAGAACAAAAAGAAGAAGACCUCUAAUGGAGAAGAUUCCAAACACAGUUCUAAAGAGCAAACUCCGCAAAAUGAUGGCCAAUUGAUGAUCAAAUUGAACUCAGAUAUGAAUGAGCUUGCUCAACUAUGGGUCAACUAUGUUAAAAAAAAGAUUGCUAAUGAAACCCAAGAAGAGGGUGACCAGAAUGAACUCGUUUUAAACGGGAUUAUCCAUGAAUGUGAUAGAAUUCUUAGAAAAUCCCAUAAUCUUAAAGAAAACAAGGAUUCUGUUAAAGAUGAUGAAGAGCUGAUCAUUGUUGAUGGUCAGUUGUACGCUAUUUAUGGUUUGGCGUUGGCUGAAUUGGCCUACUUCCAAUCCCAAGGAGAAGAUGAUGACGAGGAAGAAGAAAAAGAAUUUGAUGAAGAAGAGGAGAAAAAGAAGAAUAGCGAACAUGCAGCAAAGAUCUCUGAAUUUUUCACCGAAGCCUUGGACAGAAUUGAAACUGGUUUUGACAAAUUCCCUAAGGAUAGAAUUACUUUGAACUGGGCCAAAAUUCAAAUUUUAGCUAACAGAAUUCCUUUACAAUAUAUCUCCAGCAUGACUUUGACUUCCAACAAAAAGAAAUACCCUGAUAUCGAGAAGUUAGUUGACGAGUUGUUUUCAUCAUAUCAAGAUAACAUGAAACUUGCCUCGAACCUAAGUUCAAAGAAUGCUGGUGAUGAAUACAAUGACUAUGGGGUCUUUUUUGAUUAUCAACAAUACCUUGUAUUGGAUACCAUUGAUGACUUGCUUGACAUGAUUGAGAAUUUCGGUAUGAAUGAUGAUUUGAACGAAAUAGACAGUGAUAAUGAAGACGAAAUCGAAACCUCUAACAUUGAAUUGACUAAGAAGCACCCGCUAUUCGUUGUUAGAGACUGCAUUCCUAGUUAUGAGGAUAACUUGAUUGAAAAAUGCGAAAACUUUUUGGAGCAUUUGCAAGCCUUGGACAAGCUGAAAUUCAAGAUCGAUAUUGAAAAUUCCUGCCAAAAUUCUGAAUACAAGCAUAAUUCCUUGGUCAUCUUCUAUUUACAAAUUAAUAAGAAAUUGGGUGAGCUUUAUUUAAGAAAAGCCGAUGGUUCAGGUAAAGCCUAUACCGAUAUUGUUUAUGGUGAUGAUCAAGAUAGUGAGCCAUCUGUACCAAAGAAAGAAUUACAAAAAUUGCAAAAAGAGGCGAUCGCUAAUUAUAAAAAAGCCAUUGAGCAUAUCAAAAAGAUUGAAGACCCAGAAGAUCCCCAAACAUGGGUCAAUAUUGCAGAAGCAGAAAUUUCUCUUGGUAAUAUUUAUGAUUUGGAUAGUAAGGAUCAAGAAACAUUAUAUCAAAAGGCAGAAAAGAGAUUGAAGAAGGCUAACAAGGCUACCAAUGGGAAGUAUGAUCAUAUUUUGAAAAACUUGCUUGACGGUUAA